AGGGGGUGGGGAGGGGAGAUCGUAACAAACUGCCCUAAAGUGUAGUUGUAUGGCGUAACACGGUAUACAACUGCGACCAAGCAUGUUUUCGAGCACGCUUUAAUUUUUCUUUUGAUGCUUGUAACGUGAUUCGCAAACUCAAUCGUCGAUUUAUUUUUUGCGAUUGUAGCAAAGAGCGCGCAGGUGGCGAUUUUUAUUUUUUCGUUUGCAUCAGUGUGUUUCUCUACCUUAUGGAAAAGUAGCUUCAUUUUAUUUCUUUAAAAAAAGUCUUUAUUAUUUUUUUUAAAAAAAACUUAACUUUCCUCAAAUUAUUAAUUUUAAUUCGAAAAACAAAUUUUUGAUUAUAAACUGCGUUUUUUUUUAUAAUUUCUUUAUAAUCUUGAAGAUUGUGUGUAAUCUCAGCCAAAGAAAAUAUCGUUGCUAUUACAGUGGCAAUUGUGCACAAGUGCGACAUUAUUGAAAUUGGAUUGUGAAAUUAUUAAAAUACUGCACCAUAAUCUGAAGAGAAGUAAAAAAGUGUUCCAUUUGUCAUUUAAUCCGCAGGACUAAUCCAGUUUGUUGACGAGUUUUUAAUGUAAGUUACAAAACGGACAUGACCAUAACCAUGUCGGCCGAGCGGAACACCAUCCCAAAUGAGCCGUUAGAAUCUGCUGAACAACCAACGGACUUGCGGACGAAGAAAAAAGACGAUACUGACGAUGACGAAGAAGAUGCGGAAGAUGUUGAUGUUACGAGCACAGAUGUUCCACCCAAACGAUCAUUUCUAAUACAGAACAUUAUAGAUGGUGAGGAAGGUCCUCAGCAUCCCUCGUCUUUUAGGGCGUACCAGCAAAUGGCACAUUUGCCACAUGUUCCAUUGCACAUGCUGUAUUCCAGCCAGCAAGUGUGUCCGAGUCUUCUAUAUCGUUUGGAGAAUGCCCACCACAUCUCCAACUCUAUUCGCCGCGAACAAUCUCCACUGGAGAAAGAAGAUUUGAACAAUUCACAUUCCAGGAUAUCUCCUGGAAUUGAAAGAGCCGAUUCCAUGUUAUCCAGAAUGGAUGAGAGGACUAACCAUUCCAAAGAGGAUGAUCUGGAUGAGGAUGAUGACGAUCACGAUGACGUCACUUCGUCCAAAGAUAGUCAUCGUAGUCCAGAUUCCGAUUUAGAAAAUUCGACCCACCCCACUGGUAAUGACAGAUAUAGUUCGAGGCAGGUUUCCUCAAGAGAUAGUAGCCCUUCACUGAAGAACAAAAAACCUCGAAAAGCAAGAACAGCUUUUACAGAUCAUCAAUUAAGAACAUUAGAGAAAAGCUUUGAGAGGCAAAAAUACUUGAGUGUUCAAGACAGAAUGGAAUUAGCAGCCAAAUUAAAUUUGACUGACACACAAGUCAAGACGUGGUACCAAAACCGAAGGACGAAGUGGAAAAGGCAAAAUAUGACAUUCUGUGAUUACUACGCUGCUGAUAGCGCGACGUUGGCCCGAUUCCCGCGUCUCUGGGGACCUAGUCCAGCAUCAUACUUCCCGUCAUACAGCUACAGCAGUUAUUUAUCCACCAUGUCUUCACUUUCAACCCUUGGAGCAGCCCAUUUAGGGACACCGGCUUCUUCUACCUCUGUGCCUACCCUGGACCUUUACCAAAGGCAAAGCCCACCUGUAUCAUCAACCAUAGGUCGUCCAGUACUACCAAGAGCUGUGUAUCCCACCCCAAGUACAUAUCCCUCACUGCAACCGUUUUUCCAUGGUAGGCCAACGCAGUGAACUAUCGUCAAAAAUUGAGUCAGAAAAUGAAAUAGAAUUUUCGUCAAACGUACUGGACGUUCCGUCAAGAUACUGGACAAGUGCUGAGUUUUUAAUUUCGAAAGAUUAAGAAGAAACAUACUUUGUUUUCUGCUCAUUAAUGCUUUCGUGUACUGAUUAUGUUGGAAUAGCAACUGGACAUUCGUGCGUGUCGGCUGGUCCCGAUGUAUUACAACAAGUCACAAUUGAUUCUGUCUUUGGAUUGAUCUUUUAACUAUCGUUUACCCACCCUGAUGAUAAGAAUCAGAUGAUUGAUUACCUUUGUUACGGGAAAAUUAAUUGAUUGAUCCUUUAUCAUUUAAAGGAACGAUUGAUUAAUCAUCUAUGCUGUGGAAAAAUCAGCGGACUAUGCCAUGGUAAGAUUGACUGGAUGAUUAUACAUGCUGUGGUGCAGAAAUUAAUAAAUAGAUUUUCUUUAAUGUGAAGUGAUUUUUUGGUUGAACAUCACUGCUAUAAUUAAUUGGCUUAAACAAUUGAAAUGAAUAAUAGAAACGAAAAAUUUGUACUUAAAAAUGAAAACUACAAUAGCUCAAUUGUUGAAACGAAAUGAAAGUCGACAUGUUUUGAGUAUUCGNAA